AUGGCACCUUCAGUGGCAGAAAAGACGCAGAAGAAACUGAAGCAACAACAAACCAAAGCGCCGACACAGUCAAAGCGUGCUCUUGCCAGGAAGAAGGCUCCCGUGGUGUCGAAGCCACACGAGCGGCAGAGGCAGAAAAUCAAGCUCACGCCGAAGCCAAAGACCACGUCUGAGCCGGAGACCACGCCCGAGGUGGCCUCGAGUCCUGGGCUAGAAGUGAGCCAUGAGCUCGAGACAAGUACUGAGCCGGAGUCCUCGCCUAGGCAGGAUAAGGCCGAACUACGUCAAAGACUAACCGUUCAGCGACCUGGCAAGUUGGUAAGGGUCCCCGGCUUCUUUGCAAGUUUAGACCGCAACUGA